CCCUCUCCUUCUCUCUCUCUACCUUUUUUUUUUUGCCCUUUCUAUAGGGUUUUCUUCGCUCUCUCUCUCUCUCUCUCUCUCUCUCUCUUCUCGAUCUUUAUGUGCAUCUCGUUCUUUGGUGUAAUCGGAGCUGAUUUCGUUGUUUUCUUCUUAAUCGUCUUCAGAUCUUUCGUUUUUGCUCUUUCCCACGGGUUUUCGCUUGAGGAAUCAAGCGUUUUUGUUUUUCCUGGGAGUUUUGAGCUUCAAUCAUGUCUCAGAUCUAUAGUUUCGCUGGUGAAAAUGAAUUUUACCGUCGUGGAGCAAUAUACCCAAAUCCAAAGGAUGCAAGCCUUUUGUUGUCGCUUGGUAGUUACGUCGAUGUCUACUUCCCUCCAAGCAAGAGGUCGCGUGUUGUUGCACCGACGGUCUUCAGUGCUUUCGAGGAAAAGCAGGUCUCUAUUGAUGUGCUCCCAGAUGAGUGCCUUUUCGAGAUCUUUAGGCGUUUGCCUGGACCUCAAGAGAGGAGUGCUUGCGCAUUUGUCUCUAAACACUGGCUUACGCUUGUAAGUAGCAUCAGGCAAAAGGAGCUAGAUGUUGUUUCUUCCAAUUCCAACAAAUCUGAAGAUGGUGAUGAUGAUUGUGAAGGAUGUUUAUCUAGGAGUUUAGAUGGGAAGAAGGCAACUGAUGUUAGAUUGGCUGCUAUUGCUGUUGGAACAGCUGGCCGUGGUGGACUUGGCAAGUUGUCUAUUCGAGGAAGCGGUUCUGUUAGCAAGGUUUCAGAUAUUGGUCUUAGGUCAAUUGGUCGUAGCUGCCCUUCUCUUGGGUCUCUUUCCCUGUGGAACCUAUCUACCGUUACUGACAAUGGCCUCUUGGAGAUUGCCGAGGGUUGUACUCAACUUGAGAAGCUUGACCUGAACCGCUGCUCUACAAUCACUGACAAGGGUUUGGUAGCGAUUGCUAGGAGCUGCCCUAACUUGAGUGAGCUUACAUUGGAGGCUUGUUCAAGAAUUGGAGAUGAAGGUCUUCAAGCCAUUGCACGAUCCUGCUCCAAGCUGAAGUCAGUCUCGAUCAAGAACUGUCCUCUUGUCAGGGAUCAAGGAAUCGCAUCCUUGUUGUCAAACACCACCUUUUCCUUGGCAAAACUUAAGCUUCAGAUGCUAAAUGUCACUGAUGUGUCUCUUGCUGUCGUUGGUCAUUACGGCUUGUCAGUCACUGAUCUUGUGCUCUCUGGAUUGUCACACGUGAGUGAGAAGGGAUUCUGGGUCAUGGGAAAUGGUGUCGGGCUACAAAAAUUAAACUCUCUAACCAUCACAGCCUGCCAGGGAGUGACUGACGCGGGCCUUGAAUCUGUGGGAAAGGGCUGCCCGAACAUGAAGAAAGCUAUUAUCAGUAGAUCCCCCUUGUUAUCCGACAAUGGGUUGGUUUCUUUUGCAAAAGCAUCUUUAUCACUGGAGAGUGUUCAGCUUGAAGAGUGCCACAGGGUCACCCAAUUUGGGUUUUUUGGUUCUCUUUUGAACUGUGGUGAAAAGUUGAAGGCUUUCUCUCUGGUGAACUGCUUGGGCAUUAGAGAUCUCGCAACAGGCUUGCCUGCUUCACCUCAUUGCAGUGCUCUGCGUUCCCUGUCUAUUCGUAACUGCCCUGGCUUUGGUGAUGCAAAUCUUGCAGCCCUCGGGAAGCUGUGCCCUCAGCUCGAGGAGAUUGAUCUAUGCGGGCUCAAGGGGAUAACAGAGUCUGGUUUUCUACAUCUGAUUCAGAAUUCUCUUAAUUCUCUUGUGAAGGUGAACUUCAGUGGCUGUUCCAAUUUGACAGACAAAGUGAUUUCUGCCAUCACUGCCCGUAACGGUUGGACUCUCGAAGUCUUAAACAUCGAUGGAUGUUCCAAUAUCUCUGACGCCAGCAUGGUCUCCAUUGCAGCAAACUGCCAGAUUCUCAGUGAUUUGGAUCUUUCAAAAUGCUCCAUCUCCGAUUCUGGGAUCCAAGCAUUGGCUUCCUCUGAAAAACUCAAACUGCAGAUCUUAUCCAUGGCAGGUUGCUCUAUGGUCACAGACAAGAGCUUGCCAGCCAUUGUGAGGUUGGGUUCCACUUUAUUGGGAUUAAAUCUCCAACAGUGCCGAUCCAUCUCCAAUUCCACUGUCGACUUCUUAGUCGAGCGCCUUUACAAAUGCGACAUCCUCUCCUGAUCGAUAAUUCCACUGUCAACUUCUCCACCUAUAUAAUGAAAGGUAUUUUAGUCCGUCCAAGUUUGUUUAUCAAGUGUCAACCCUUUUUCAGGCUCUGUGAUCUACGCGUCCUAGGCUCGGUACCCGGUUUUCCUUUUUUUUUUUCCAAGCAGUUCGCUUCCGGCUUCUUUUUUUGCCAGUCAAUGGUUUUUUUGCAGGGUUUCCUUUUUAUCAGGGAAACUCUAGCUUUACCUUGAAAUCGGAAGGUCGUGUGUUGCUUGAGAAUAUAUUUACCGGGUAUACGAGAUUUUAGGGUUUAUCAUCCUCCUGUUUCUUGCUUGGUGUCUUUUACGAGCCUAUUAUUAUCCCACUUUUAUUCGCGUCGUUUGUCUUUGUUGCGUAUGGUUUUCCUCGAAAGGGGUCUUUUGUAUGAUUUGUACGGGUUCAGGUUUUGGUUCAUGCCUUGGUUCUCUCAGAGGUUGCUCUGGCUGUUGUUGCAACAACUCUAUUAAAGAGUUUUUUUGUUGUUUUUUUGCCAGAUCCCCUCGUUUUUUUUUCCCAGGCUGUAUCAAUCUGUAUGAUCGAUCACUGUACUAAAUUAUGUAAUGUCCUUUGGGAUGGUUUAAUGAGUAUUGAAUAAAAUUCUCAUUUCGUUGUAUAAUA